AUGAAUUAGAAAUAAGAGAAGAAAAUAGACGAUAUCACUCUAUAAUAACUCAGAAGUAUGGCGGAAAAUGGUGCUGGAGAAUCACUUGCAGCUAGUCUGAAUUUAGAUUAAGAAGAUCUUAUUAUUUGGCCUUUGGAGCAGGUGCAAAGAAACUUCAAGGAAUUUAUGAGAUCGACUUCAUAACUAGAAAUUGAGGCGGACAAUGCUAAGGAAAGAAUAGACUUUCCAGCUGACAUGGAGUGGCCAACUGAGGAUGAUUUGGAGUAGAUGUUUCAAAAGUCGAUGAGCAAGUAAUCUUCAUUGUACUAUUUAUGCAGAAUCCAAGGUCGUCAGAACAAAAAGAAAUGGAAAGAUAAUGAGAAAUAAUUUUUAACAUGGAUUAUUAUUAGAUAUUGUCUAUGGAAAAACAAAGUUUGUAAGGAGCUUAAUGACUAAGAUUGGAGAUACAUUGCUUAAUUGAUAGUAGGCAGAAAUGCAACCUAAUGUAAGUAUAAAUGGUUGGCUCGAUCUAAAUUUAAACUAGUCUAAGUCCCAUGGAGCAAAGAAGAGGAUGAGGCAUUGGCUCAAAUUUACAUGGAGUAUCAAAAGCAAGGUAAACACAGUAAGUGGAGUGAAAUUGCCAAAGAAAUUGCUUUGAGAUGCAAAACCCAAAUUGUUAGAUAAGGCAAGCAAUGUAGAGAAAGAUGGAUCAAUAAAUUAGAUCCACAAAUAUCAAAAGGACCAUGGACUAAGGAGGAGGAGUUAACUUUAUUGUAAUUGAUUUUAAAAAAAGGAAAGAAGUGGUCAGAAAUAUCAAAAAUUAUGAAAAAUACAAGAACUGAGAAUUCCUUAAAAAAUAGAUAUCACACUAUUAUGAAAAAAGAAAGAAAUAAAUAACCAGAAGUCAAAGAAGAAAUCCAAUAAGAAAUUGUAGAUUUAUUAUAAUAGCAUAAUCAUAUCUAUUAAGCUGAUAACUUAGUUCAUUUGUAUGAAGAUAUAGAUCCUAAGGAAUUAAAGAUAAUACUUUAGGUUAUUGAUAGAUUAAGUGAGAGUACUGGGAAAUAAAUUAGAGUAAGCACAUUAAUUACUGAUUAAUAAAUGCAACAAGAAUAAUUAUAUGAAAAACAAUAAAAAGUCAAGUAGGAAAGUUAAAUUGAUUAAAUUCAAUAAAAAAACGAAGAGGCUAACAAUAAAUAAAGAUUUCUUGAUACUAUGGAGAAAAUCAAAAUUGAUUUGGAUCAAUAAAUAAAGAAAUUAGUGAAUAAGUAGGAUUUGGAUUAGAAUUGCACCAUAAAUCUCCUCAAAUAAAUUUUAAAGCCAUAAGAAAACGAAACAAAUUAAUUGUAAUUUGAUUAGUAUUACGAUUCAAUGAUUCUCAAUUUCCAAGCAAAUUAAGUAGAAUUUGAAGUUGAAGCCAUUACAAAUCUAACAGCCUAAGAUGUCGAAGAUUGUUAAUUUGGCAUUGUAGAUUUUGAGCAAUCCAACAUUUUUAUGAUUCCUUAGUAGUAUUUGUAAGAAGUAAUAAAUAAAGUUCAUGGGUCUUCAACCUAAGCUUAAGUUCAAUAGCAAUAAUAAAUGUUGUAACAUUAAUAACAUCAAUAACAAUAAUAGUAAUAAUAGUAGUAAUAGCAAUAAUAAUAAUAAGCACAAUAGGCUUAAUAAGUAUAACAAUCAUAAAUGUAAUAAUAGUAAUAAUAACAACAAAGAUUAAACAUUUCAUCAUCGCUUAGAUAAUCAAUACCUUAAUCAUAAUAGGCUUAACCACUUUAAACAUCUUAACUAUUUUUAGGUGAUUAGUUUAAUCUUGUCAAUAGUCAAUAUGAUUUCGAAAAUCAAUAGUAAUACUAAUAAUAAAUUCCUGUUUAAAUUCUCUAUCCCUAGAUUAUAUAUUAACCUAUAGGUUAAUCUAUAAAUCUAUCCCAAGGUCUAUAGUAAAACUAUUGGAUGUAACAAUCUUAUUAUCAACCUUAAUAUUACGUGAAGGCAUAGGAAUAGUAAUUCAACAAAUCCAAUCAAGAAGAACCUAAAUGA